AUGCCUGUGAGUGCUAUGGCUGUGCAACCAUGGCUCGUCGAUAUAACCAUAGCAGGACCGGAUGCACUGAUCUCCGAGUAUGAUGAAUCUGAGGUGAUCCGUUUGCCAUCAUGUGACAUAUCUUCAGAGCGUGGAAUGCCCAGACUAGACAGGACUUCGCAAAACACAGUUGGCCAGCUGACAUGGCCGAGGAAAGCAGAGAUGAGUAGGCCAUUGAGUUGA